UUACCAAUUUAGAUCUAGAAGAACCACACAAGAGCUAUAUUUUACCUAAUCUAUAUUUUAGUUUAAGUUUUUAAUAUUUUGAUGUUGACUGCUUGUAAAACAAGGUACUCUAUGGUCUUUGCUUUGUUAUAUACCAACCAAAACAAUACGAUCUAGUUUCAUAGAACAAAGAAAUAGAAAGUUAAAAACAAGGAAAUGAAAAUUGAAUUAUAUGUUUAAAUAACAGAAAAAAAAAAUUAUAUUACAACAUGUGACAAAAUUUCAUUCUCUUCCUAUACAGUUGAUCUUUCCUAAUCACAUACACGUAGGAUUGUGAAAGAAAGUUCUGCCACAUUAUUUGUUUUAUCGUAUACCCGUGGGGCUUGCUUCAAUUUUCUCUCAUUGACCCAACCCAACAUAGAUCUACUAGAUUAUAGUUACUCAUUUAACCGACAAAGUAAACAAUUAAAUUAAUUUAUUUUCUAUUUUGGUUAUUAUUUUUAUUUAGUUUAAUGAUAUAAUGGAAUAAAACAUGAGUUUACUGUAUUUGUAUUUAUAGAAUAAUUUGUUUAUUUUUUGUUUAUCAUUCUAUUUUUAACUUAAAAAAAUUAUUGAAGCAUAAUUCAAUUCUAUUAUAAAGUUAUUCUAUUUUAAAGUAAAAAAUAGAGGAAAUCAUUAUAAAUAGUGCUAAGAAGACAAAAAUUCACCCCAAUUCUUCAAACAACUCUAGAAAAAGGGUGUGUUCACAGCUAUUUCCUUCCCAACGUAAAGCUUUUCCUAAAGACAUUAUAGUUGCAGGCAAUCAUAUAAAGAACAAGAAACACCAAAGCUAAAAAUAGCCAACCGAAAUAACCAAAUCUUUUAGCUAAAAGACCGAUCCUUUCUCGACCAGGGGUCUACAUACACUCGUUUCUUUAUCUCUAUGUUGUUGCCUCUCUUCAGGAGCUUCCAUGGAACCUUGUGACGUCUUCGAUACUAGAGAUUUUGAUCUAUUUGAAAUCCUUGGUUACAGAUCUCACGUAUAUAUCUGUCUGCUUCAAGAAGUGUUCUUGGUGAUAAAGACAUAACUUUUGCACCUUGAUCCGAAGAGAAGAAGCAAAACACAUGUCUUUAUUUUUAUUUUUUUUUAAGAAGUUAAGAUUUGUAAUAAGGUUUGAGAGAAAAAAUGGGUUAGUUGAGAUUUGUAAUGAGGUUUAAGAAAAAAAUGGUAACCCAAUAAUCCGUUUUUGGCUCAGAUCUCAACGCCGAUCGUGUACUCAAUUCUUGGCUCAGAUAUAGACGGAAAAAGGAAAAUAGAGUGAACAUUAAAGAAAGUCAGAUUGAGUUACAGAGAGAAGAUAGUGACAAUGAUUUCUGAAAAUUUACUAUUUAAAAAAGAAGAUGACCGAAUCAGAUUGGUCUUAGAGCAUCUUAGAACAAACACUCUAUAACUUCAAAUAUGAAAUUUUUUGCUUUCAAAAAUGAAACUUGAAGUUUUGAAAAAUGAAACUCUAUAUUUGAAACUUCACUACUCAAAAAGUUUCAUAUUUUUAUUUGCAUUUUUUUUUUGAGAAAAUUGGAAAAAAAAAAUACUUUGAACUUGGGUUUAUCACACUAAAAUUUGUAGAAGAUUUUUUUGGAAAAUAGAAUUUUUGUUCCUCUAAAUACCAAACUACCCUUAAUUUACCAAUUAAGUAGAAUUAAAAUAUAUAUUAAAAUUUUCGUAAUAAUUUUUAAAUGAGUAAAUAUUAAAAGUUUAAAUAAAAAUAACAAAACUUUUAAAAAAAUAACAAAAGGGAAACUUUUACCCCGAUAUCCUAAUUUCGUUUUCUCCUCCUCUUCUCCGCCGUAGAAAAAAACCCCUUCCAUGGCGAUUUAGGGUUCAACGGAGAGAAUCCUUACUCUUCGUCGGAGUUUCAUCUACCGGUAGUUUCGAAUCUUGCUUUUGUCAUCUUCCUCUUCGAUUUCACUGACGAUACAACGAAAUCCAAGUGUUCUUCCUCUUCGUCGGACGGGUCAAAUCGAAUUACGACGUGUUCUUCCAUUUUCGUCUCAGUUCUUCACACAAGGUAUUCAAUUAGUUCUAUUGAUUCUCAUCUAAGACGAAAUCGAGUUGUUCUUCCCUUUUACAUAGAUUUUUUAAAAUCGAUUUGUCAUAUUUCUUAAGGUAAAUUCGAUUUACGGGUUGAUUAAACAUCUUAUACAUCACGAUUAACUGUUUGCAUGUUAAUAUUUUAGAUUUGUAGUUGUAAAAUAUCGAUUUAGGUUUUUGGAAAAGGGGAAAGUUUGGUUCUUGAAAUCUUAUACUAGUUGAUGUCCGAUUGUGUAUGUUUUCAAGUAGAGUAGAUAUUGUCCGAUUGUAAUAUAGGCCAUGGGUCGAUUGAUUGUUGCUAAUUGAAUCAAUUGAACAAAUGGUUGUUCUUUCUAAAAUUAGAACUAGGUAGGAUAAGGAGAAUGUAAAUGUAAAAAGCAUUUGUCUUGCUCUCCUUAUUUGUGUUAUGAUAUCGAUACUUUAACCUGUUGAACUAACAAGUUUUUUCUGCGCUUUUAGAUAUGUCUCUAGAGUUACCAAAGAGGAUUUUUAAGGAGGGCGAGGAGCCCCAAGUGACUCAGAUCAAUAACAACUGCAGGAUUGAAUAUAUUAUGUGAAAGUUCACUGAGUGGAUGCCAAAGGAGUUGGCAGUUGUGAAGAAAGAUCCGGUUUUCUCUCAGAUCUUUAAGCUCCAUAAGAAUGGUCUUGGGUUCUCCGCGAGAGUGGUACACAGCUUCUUGUGUAGGGAGCUGGUGACUUACAAAUUGCACGAGCUUUGGUUCGUCUUUGCGCGGAGACCACUCCGAUUUUCAUUACAAGAAUUCCACGCAGUAACUGGGUUUGAGUGCAAUACUCAUAUCUCUCUUAAGGAGUUCGAAGAGUGGAAAUAUGACGGUGGUUUCUGGAGCAAUGUGUUGAGGAGAAAAGAUGGAACAGUUACACUCUUCAACUUGUGGAAUAAGGACAAGGAAGCUGUUAAGAAGUGGAAGAAUGCAGAUCGCAUACGACUGAUCUAUCUGGCCAUCAUUCUUUGUGUGGUUUUAGCGAGAGAUGAGAAGGCUAAUAUCCCCCUCAAAUACAUCAAGGUGGUCAUGGAUCUUGAGAAGGUUCAAAAGUAUCCUUGGGGAGUUUCUGCUUAUGACCUUCUCUACAACUCAAUAACCAAAACUCGUGACAACCUGAAGGAUAAAACUACUAGUUAUGUGUUGGAUGGAUUCUCGUACGCCUUCCAGAUUUGGGCAAUGGAAGCUGUACCAAAGAUUGGGAAGCUUUGUGGAAAAAAACUUGACAAAGGUUUCACGAACAGUCCUAGAUGCAUAAACUGGAUGGGAGCUGGAAAGGUGUCAUAUGAGGAGAUCAUUCGGUUGGAGCAAAUACUGACACCUGAGGAUGACAUCUAUGCAUAUAUCGACUGGAGAGGAAAUUAUGAUGUAGUCCAAUCUGAUGCUUUUCGCAGAGAUGAUGAUGUGGAGGAUGAUAGAGUCAAGAACCUGAUGGAGUUGAUAAGAACAGGACAUGAUUUUAGUGACCAUAUUUGGGAAAUCGAAGAAGCUCCAGAGGUUUGUUCAGAUCUUCAUGACGAAGCACCUGUGAAUGAUGAAUCGGCUGUGAAUGAUGAAGCGGCUGAGAGUGGUGAAGACUACCAUACUCCAAAAGGAUCAAAGAACCUAGGCGCUACAUCAAGAAGGGGUAAGAAGAGGCUUCCUGAUCGUGGUAUGAAAAAAAGGAACCAUAAGGUUCUCUGUACUGGACCUAAGCAAGCGCCUUUUAAUGAAGACAUGAAGGCUUUUGUGGCACAGUUGUUUGAGCAGAGUUUCUCUGGAAUGGAACAGCAGCUACAAAAACAGAUGGCUGAGACAUUUGAGCAAAUGAGGACAGAGCUUAAAGAUUCACGGAAGGAAGCAAGCGUUGACGUUGAGCUUGGAGAGCCUUCAGCGAAGAAGCCUUCACCGAAGAAGCCGUCACCGAAGAAGCCUUCAACGAGCCAGCCACCAUUGAGGAGGUCCACACGUGGGGUAAUGAAACACUAGUCUUCACCACUCUCUUAAAUGUUGCUUGUCUGUUUGUCUUAAUGUCAUCUAUGAUAUCGGCCUGAAUUUUGUGGUGUUUUAUAAGGUCUCUGUUUGUAAGUGUGCUUGGUGUGUUAGACUCCCUGGUUUGUAAGUGUGCUUGGUGUGUUAACUCCUUGGUUUGUAAGUGUGUACUUUGAAAUUUAUGUAAAAUGUUGGUGUGUAAAAUAUUAGAUUUUUAUAAAAUGUUCAUGCAAUGACCUUGUUUGUGCUUAAUAUUAUGUUGUUAAUUGAUUUGAUGUGAAUUUUAGCCAAGCAGAUGUUGAUGUUGAUGUUGAUGUUGUUAAUAUUAUGUUGUUAACAGGAAGCAUCACAUAUAUUUUUAAUUCUGUUGUUUUAUUUUCAUUAUUUCAAAUCUACAUACAUUAUAUUUUAAAUUAUUUUUUUUUGUAGAGAAAUACAAAUAAAUAUUUUUGUAGAGAAAUACAAAUAAAACUUUAGUGGAUCAAAUAUAAUAUUUCUAUGUGUUCCUAUAUAUCUCAACUUUUUAUGAAAAAUGCUUCCAAAUAUGUAUAUACUCUUUUUAAAAGAUCACAAUAGUUGUUUUGAUGCUUCCAAUUUCUUUGUUUGGACGCAGCAAUUUCUAAUUUUAGAUGCGUGUGUUAUCCAGUUCCAUAAAAUAUGAGUGAAACAAUUUUAAUCGAAUAAAAUCUGUUUCAUUAAAAAACAUUGAAAUUUAGGAGAAAAGAGAUAAUUUAUAGAUGCAAACAAAAAUUGAUCCGUGUAUAGCACAGGGUAAUAUACUAGUACUUCCCAAUUGAUCCACUGCCGUCACAUUGGGAAAAAUGGAAUAAAGGAAAAGGACUUCAGCUUACUGAUUCACCAUUGCGCACAGAUGGUUCUCCGCAGUCGUCACUGUAUUAUUGCUCCGAAGAAUCAUGGCUAGGAUUCACGGAAUGGGUUAAGAAACCAACACCUUUACCACUUGGUCCGUCAAUCUUAAAUUUGUCUAUAGC